UCAGCCUGCAGCUCAUCUGGCAUCCGCUCUCACUCCCCCCCCCCCACUGCCUCAGUUCCUCACUUCACUCUGCUCCUCUGCUGACUGACACUUCUGAUACCUCUUUCGUCUUUCAUCCCUUCCUCCCCUUCUUCUCAUCUUUUCACCCGCACCUCAUCCUCCUCAUCCUCAAGCCGCCAUGGUGAACAGAUAACCGCCCGGCCGUCCCGAGACCAUGGGUGCCUGCUUCUGCAAAGGUCACAAAGAGUUCCACCAUCCCAUGACAGCAUCGCAGGACCAGACUGUGGAGGGUCAGACAUCCUCUGCCAAGGAUGACCAGAAUCCAUCCAACGGCAGCGUGGCAGAUAAAAGCAGCGGCUAUGAUAUUGGCGAGCUGGCCACCUCCUCUUUGAUGGGUCUGGUGGCCACGAUAAAGGAGCAUAUAACGCAGCCGACAGCGAUGGCCCAGGGGCGAGUUGCUCACCUGAUUGAGUGGAAGGGUUGGGGUGGAGGUGGUGAAGCUGGGGGAGGUGGGGGUGGUUGGAGCGGGGCCCGGGGUAAAGGAGGCGGAGGCUGGGGGGGGAUAGGGGCCGAGCUGCAGGAAGAUGAGCAGUUCUACUCCCAAAUGACGGACGAGAUCAAGGAGGCUCGCUUCGCUGCAGGCGUAGCAGAGCAGUUUGCCCUGGCUGAGGCAUCAAUGAAUGUGUGGUCGAUGAACGACGGCUUGGAGCAGCCGUCCACCAGUUUACAAGCAGCACAAAGCCACUUCUUGUCCCAGUUCCUGCUGGACGGUGGAAGCGUUAGCGUUCCCCAACACCUGUACAGCAUCCACGCCCAGACUUACGGCGACAACAGGGCGGCCAAUCUGGUCCCUCCAUCAGUGGUUGACUCCAUUUCCCCAACGUCCAACACCCAGCAGGACAGAGAACAUCCCCUCGAGGACAAGAGCACUGCGACUGCAGAGGCUGCUGUACGACAUGUAGACAGCAGCUCGCUAUCUGAGGAUGACGUUUUUUAUAAUUAGGUUUAACAGGAAAACAAGCCAGCAAUUUUGAUGGCAAUCUCUUAAAUGAGCCUCAUUGAGGGGACUUGAGUCUCAGCCACCAGCACCGACUGCUACAAAGAAAAAAAAAAGGUAGACAUCAGAAAUAUCUCAAGAGGCAAUUCCACAAAUGGCUCGUCUGGGAAGGUUUCAGCAUCUGGUCUUCAGAUACAGACUCCAAAUUGUAUUUUCUCUCCAGUUGAGGCGUAUACUUUUGUGAAUGUACAUAGUUCCACUGUUACAUUUUUAUUUUUUAUUCAAUGUACAUUAAACACUUUCAUAUUAUAGGUAGAACUGAACUGUGAAGAGUCAAACGAUACUGGUGUAAAUCUUGUUAUUAAACAUCAAUUUUAAUAUA